AUGACCAUGGCCGGUGGCAGGAAGGGACUGGUGGCCCCGCAAAACACGUUUCUGGAGAAUAUUGUCCGGCGGUCCAAUGAUACUAAUUUUGUGUUGGGGAAUGCCCAGAUAGUGGACUGGCCCAUCGUGUACAGCAAUGAUGGAUUUUGCAAGCUGUCUGGCUAUCACAGGGCGGAAGUGAUGCAAAAAAGCAGUACCUGCAGUUUUAUGUACGGGGAGCUGACUGAUAAAGACACCAUUGAAAAGGUGCGGCAAACAUUUGAGAACUAUGAGAUGAAUUCCUUUGAAAUUUUGAUGUACAAGAAGAACAGGACACCUGUGUGGUUCUUUGUGAAAAUUGCUCCAAUUCGAAAUGAACAGGAUAAAGUGGUUUUAUUUCUUUGCACUUUCAGUGACAUAACAGCUUUCAAACAGCCGAUUGAGGAUGAUUCAUGUAAAGGCUGGGGGAAGUUUGCUCGGCUGACCAGAGCACUGACAAGCAGCAGGGGUGUCCUACAGCAGCUGGCUCCCAGCGUGCAAAAAGGCGAGAACGUCCACAAGCACUCCCGCCUGGCCGAGGUUCUGCAGCUGGGCUCAGACAUCCUUCCCCAAUACAAGCAAGAGGCACCAAAGACUCCCCCUCACAUCAUCUUACAUUAUUGUGUUUUCAAGACCACGUGGGAUUGGAUCAUCUUGAUCUUAACCUUCUACACAGCCAUCCUGGUCCCUUAUAAUGUCUCCUUUAAAACCAGGCAGAACAACGUGGCCUGGCUGGUUGUGGAUAGCAUCGUGGAUGUUAUCUUUUUGGUGGACAUUGUGCUGAAUUUUCAUACCACUUUUGUUGGACCAGCUGGGGAGGUGAUUUCUGACCCCAAACUCAUCCGCAUGAACUAUCUGAAGACGUGGUUUGUGAUUGACCUUCUGUCCUGUUUGCCAUAUGAUGUCAUCAACGCUUUUGAGAACGUGGAUGAGGUUAGUGCCUUUAUGGGUGAUCCAGGGAAGAUUGGUUUUGCUGAUCAGAUUCCACCACUCCUGGAGGGGAGAGAGAGUCAGGGCAUCAGCAGCCUGUUCAGCUCUCUGAAGGUUGUCCGGCUGCUCCGUCUGGGGCGAGUGGCCCGGAAGCUGGACCACUACAUUGAAUAUGGGGCAGCCGUGCUGGUCCUGCUGGUGUGUGUGUUUGGGCUGGCUGCUCAUUGGAUGGCCUGCAUUUGGUACAGCAUCGGGGACUAUGAGAUCUUUGACGAGGACACCAAGACCAUCCGCAACAACAGCUGGCUCUAUCAGCUGGCGAUGGACAUUGGCACCCCUUACCAGUUUAAUGGGUCCGGCUCAGGGAAAUGGGAAGGGGGUCCCAGCAAGAAUUCCGUGUACAUCUCCUCGUUGUAUUUCACCAUGACCAGCCUCACCAGUGUGGGCUUUGGGAACAUCGCCCCAUCCACAGACAUCGAGAAGAUCUUUGCAGUGGCCAUCAUGAUGAUUGGCUCACUUCUGUAUGCCACCAUCUUCGGGAAUGUGACCACCAUUUUCCAACAGAUGUACGCCAACACCAACAGGUAUCAUGAGAUGCUCAACAGCGUCCGGGACUUCCUGAAGCUCUACCAGGUUCCCAAGGGACUGAGCGAGCGAGUCAUGGAUUACAUCGUGUCUACUUGGUCCAUGUCCAGAGGCAUCGACACAGAGAAGGUCCUGCAGAUCUGCCCCAAGGACAUGAGAGCUGACAUCUGCGUGCACCUGAACCGCAAGGUGUUCAAGGAGCACCCGGCCUUCCGGCUGGCCAGCGACGGCUGCCUGCGGGCACUGGCCAUGGAGUUCCAGACGGUGCACUGCGCCCCCGGGGACCUCAUCUACCACGCGGGAGAGAGUGUCGACAGCCUCUGCUUUGUGGUCUCCGGCUCCCUGGAGGUGAUCCAGGAUGACGAGGUGGUAGCCAUUCUAGGGAAGGGAGAUGUGUUUGGAGACGUGUUCUGGAAGGAAGCCACCCUUGCCCAGUCCUGUGCCAACGUCAGGGCCUUGACCUACUGUGACCUGCAUGUGAUCAAGCGGGACGCCCUGCAGAAAGUGCUGGAAUUCUACACAGCCUUCUCCCACUCCUUCUCCCGGAACCUCAUUCUCACCUACAACUUGAGGAAGAGGAUCGUGUUCCGGAAGAUCAGCGAUGUGAAACGGGAGGAGGAAGAGCGCAUGAAGCGGAAGAAUGAGGCCCCCCUGAUCUUGCCGCCGGACCACCCUGUCCGGAGGCUCUUCCAGAGGUUCCGACAGCAGAAGGAGGCCAGGCUGGCCGCGGAGAGGGGCGGCCGGGACCCAGACGACCUGGAUGUGGAGAAGGGCAGCAUCCUCACCGAGCACUCCCACCACGGCCUGGUGAAGGCCAGCGUCGUCACCGUCCGCGAGAGCCCUGCCACGCCCGUGGCCUUCCCCGCGGCCGCCGCGUCCACGGGGCUGGACCACGCCAGGCUGCAGGCGCCGCCGGGGGCCGAGUGCCUGGGCCCCAAGGCCGGCGGGGGUGACUGGGCCAAGCGCAAGGGCUGGGCCCGCUUCAAGGACUCCUGUGGGAAGGCUGAGGACUGGAGCAAGGUGUCCAAGGCCGAGUCCAUGGAGACGCUCCCCGAGAGGACAAAGGCGAGCGGCGAGGCCACGCUCAAGAAGACAGACUCGUGUGACAGCGGCAUCACCAAGAGCGACCUGCGUCUGGAUAGCGUGGGCGAGGCCAGGAGCCCCCAGGACCGGAGCCCCAUCUUGGCCGAGGUCAAGCAUUCGUUCUACCCCAUCCCUGAGCAGACACUGCAGGCCACCGUCCUGGAGGUGAAACACGAGCUGAAGGAGGACAUCAAGGCCUUGAACACCAAAAUGACGAACAUUGAGAACCAGCUCUCUGAGAUACUCAGGAUAUUAACUUCCAGAAGAUCCUCUCAGUCUCCUCAGGAGCUGUUUGAAAUAUCGAGACCCCAGUCCCCAGAAUCAGAGAGAGACAUUUUUGGAGCGAGCUGA